AUGUUACAUAGAGCACUCAGAGAGGAUAAUAAAGCAAUGCCAACUUGCCAAGGUCUUCCUUUAGCUCUUAAGGUUCUGGGUGCUUCUCUACGUGGCAAGAAGAUGGAUGUUUGGAGGAGUGCGAUGGAAAAGUUGGAAAUCAUUCCUCACUGCGAAAUCCAUAAGAUUUUGCGAAUUAGUUAUGACUCUUUGCAAGAUGACCAUGAUAGGGAUUUAUUUCUGGAGAUUGCGUGUUUCUUUUGUGGAGAAGCCAAGUCUUUCGUGGUGGGGAUACUAGAUGAAUGUGAUUAUUACACCUUAAUAAUUCUUAAAUUACGACAUACUCGAAUGUGGGGUAUAAUAUGGUGCUAUCUGCCUAACAUCGCCCAUUUUUCUCAACACUUGAACAGGAGAUUCAGAGACCAGACCACUGACUUGCCUGCUAUGCUGCAGCUUCCAGAGUCAUUAGCUGAAAAGUAUCGUUAUGAUGUAUUUUUGAGUUUUAGUGGUGAAGAUACUCGCAAGACGUUUACAGAUCACCUGUAUACUGCAUUGAAAAAUGAAGGACUGAUCACUUUCAGAGAUGAUGAGGAGAUUGAGAGGGGGGAGAGUAUCAAGUCUGAACUGGAAAAUGGUAUCCAGCAGUCAAGAAGCUGGAUCGUUGUAUUCUCAAAGAACUAUGCAUUUUCGAGUUGGUGCCUUGACGAACUUGUGUUGAUUCUUGAGUGCAGCAACAACUCGAAACGUUUUCUAUUGCCUAUUUUUUACCAUGUUGAUCCGUCUGAUGUUCGCAAACAAUCUGGUUGUGUAUCUGAAGCAAUAGAUUACCAUGAAGAAAAAUUCAGGAGGGAGGUGGAUGAGACAAAAAGGAAGAAUUUGAUGGACAAAAUAACUCGAUGGAGGACUAAUGAAGGAAGUCAAUGUUCGUGA